AUUGUGCAUGGUGCAAGCUCAGAGGAGAUGGCAGCUUCGUCACAUAACGUCGAGUUGGAAGCAGCUAAGUUUCUGCACAAGCUCAUUCAGGAUUCUACUGAUGAGCCUGCCAAGCUCGCCACCAAGCUCUAUGUGAUACUGCAACACAUGAAGUCGAGUGGCAAGGAACAUUCGAUGCCGUAUCAAGUGAUAUCGAGGGCCAUGGAGACUGUAAUUAAUCAACAUGGCCUUGAUAUUGAGGCUUUGAAGUCAUCACGCAUUCCUUUGUCUGGUGGAGCUCAAACAGGGUCUUCUCAGGCUACUGGAGUUGCAAAAGAUUCCAAUACAGGGUUGGCCGAAACUGAGGUGUCUAAGAUGGACCCGUUUUCUUCAAGUAGACCACCUAUUGGAUCUCUCAGUACAGGGCAUGAUUAUUAUCAAGGAUCUGCAACUCAUCGAAGUAGUCAGUCUUUUGAUCAUGAAAGUCCAUCUAGUUUGGACUCUAGGUCUGCCAAUUCACAGUCCCAAGAAAGGCGUGAUACAGAAAACCUGGACAAGCAGGUGACUCGAAAGGAUGGUAAAAAAGCCACCACUAAGAGGAAGAGGGGAGAUACUUCUGUACCCACAGAAGCACAACAUGACAAUCCUCAAAGUCUUGAUACUAUAGACAGUGUGGUUAAUAUGAGGAAGGGAAAGAUGAGCAAAGGUGAACUGCCACCUGGUUUUUCAAUUAAAGGUGGUGAAAAUGCUAGUUUUAAUAUUGUUCCCAGUAGUGGUCAAAUGGAGCAUUUUACUUCGCUAUCUGGAAGCAUGAGACCAAUGGUUAGAGUCAAGCAAGAAGGGCAACAUUUAAUAGAAAGGCAGAUGGAUUUGACUAACAGUAGCAAUUUGGCGUCUCGGGCUGCAAGUUCAAAACACCCUGAAGAACUUGAAGUCUCCUCUAUUCAUAACGCCUCAGCUCAGCAGCAUGCUGCUUCCCUACCUCCUUCAAAUGACAUUAUGGGUGUGUGGAGUCAAAAUAAACCUGGGUUUCACUAUGAGAAGUCUCAAGUGCCCAGGUUUUCUUCCAAUGUUGUCCCAGGUAAUGUGACAACAGAAAGUCCAAUGCAGCAGUCAACAGCUCCAUCACCUGGAUCAAGUUCUUUUGCCAAGAAUCAAGGAAACGUGCCUGGUUCUUCAAGUUCAUAUCAAGUAGCAGAACCACCAGCAUUCUCAAGUCCGAUGCACUAUGGUGUCACACCGCCCUCAACUGGAAAGGCCAUGGAGCAUGAUGGAGGAAAUAUCAAUAUGCUACCUGAUGCAAAUAAAAUAGUUCAGGUUGGCAGGCAAAAUAGUGCAGGAGAAAUGAGUAUGGUGAGAAGCGCAGCUUCUAGAGAUACCGGUAAAUCUCCAGUUCAUGUGUCCUCUGCGUCUACUGGCAUGCCUUUCAAGGAACAGCAGUUGAAACAGCUUAGAGCGCAGUGCCUUGUCUUUUUAGCCUUCAGAAAUGGUUUGAUGCCAAAGAAACUUCAUCUUGAAAUUGCGCUCGGAAACACUUCACCUAAAGAAGAAAAUUCAGGUGGCAAUACAGAUGGGCCUCGAAAAGAUUUUGUUGACCAUAAAGGAAAAGCACAAUCUGCAAAUGAGCGAAAUAACAAUUCUGAUGCUAGCAUGCCAUUUGGAAGAUUUAACCAUGAAACUGAUAAAAGUGCAGUCUCUAGUGGGAAACUCCUGGAGGCCGACACCUUGGCAAAAGAAUCUGAAAGCCCAAAAAUGGAGGAAAACAGUGGCCCAUCUCGAGAUCAGUUUUUUCAGAAAGGAGAUGCUGAAACACAGACAACUGCUUGUUUAACAGUGGCAUCGCAGCAGCCUGACUCAGGUGCAAGACGUGGUUUAACUGCUAAUCCUGUGGAGAAUAUACAAACUGGGCAUUUGCAAGUUGGACGGGCAAACCCAGCCUCUUCUCUAAUGGGUAUGAACAAGCAGAACUCUGAUAUUAGCAGCUGGACGGGGGCUGGCAAUCAAAGUGAAGUUUCCAGAGGACUCUUACCUCCUUCUGCCGUUCAGCCUGAGAUUAUUCCUGAAAGAAAAGAUACCACACCCAGCCAGUUCCAAAAUCUUGGUAACAAUGUUUUGGGUAAUCAACAUACUUCCAACCACCCAGCUUCGUUUGCAUCUAGAGAUCGUUGGAAACCAAUAUCUGCUAUUGGAAAUGAUCAUCACCAAGGAGUUGCAUCAAAGGAUGCUCAGAUGAUGCAAAAACAUGUGUCCAAAGAACAAGUAAAGGAGAAUAACCCAGCUUCUGUUGAUUUUCCACCUUCACCAAAGUACACAAUGUCAGAGAGGUUGAUUAUGGAUAAGCAGAAAAAGAAGCUCCUAGAUGAACAAACUUGGACUCUUAAGCAUCAAAAAGCAAGGGCAAAAAUUGCGACAUCUUUUCACAAGUUAAAGGAAAAUGUGAGCUCAUCUGAAGAUAUAUCUGCAAAGACCAAAAGUGUUAUAGAACUGAAAAAACUACAACUCUUGGAAUUGCAACGCCGUCUCCGGAGUGAAUUUCUGAAUGAUUUCUUUAAACCAAUCAAUACGGAGAUGGAUCGCUUGAGAUCUUUCAAGAAACAUAGACAUGGUAGGAGGAUAAAACAACUAGAAAAGUUUGAGCAAAAGAUGAAGGAAGAAAGACAGAAGAGAAUUCAGCAGAGACAAAAGGAAUUCUUUGGGGAGCUAGAGGUUCACAAGGAAAGACUGGAUGAUGCCUUCAAAAUUAAGAGAGAGCGCUGGAAGGGUUUCAAUAAAUAUGUAAAAGAGUUCCACAAAAGAAAGGAACGUAUCCAUCGUGAGAAGAUCGAUAGGAUCCAACGUGAAAAAAUAAACCUGUUGAAGAUUAAUGAUGUGGAGGGCUAUCUACGAAUGGUGCAGGAUGCAAAAUCAGACCGUGUUAAACAGCUUCUAAAAGAGACAGAAAAGUAUCUUCAAAAGCUUGGAUCCAAGCUUCGAGAUGCAAAGGCUUUGGCAAGUAGGUUUGAGCAUGAUAUGGAUGAAAGUGGAAAUGCAAGUGUAGUAGACAAGAGUGAACCUAGUUUGGAAAAUGAAGAUGAAAGUGACCAGGCGAAGCAUUACUUGGAGAGCAAUGAGAAAUACUAUUUGAUGGCUCAUAGUAUAAAGGAGAGCAUUGCAGAGCAGCCUACGUUUCUUCAGGGUGGAAAAUUGAGAGAGUACCAAAUGAAUGGCUUAAGGUGGCUGGUGUCACUAUACAAUAAUCACUUGAAUGGUAUUCUUGCUGAUGAAAUGGGCCUCGGUAAAACUGUUCAGGUUAUAUCUUUAAUCUGUUACCUGAUGGAAACAAAAAAUGAUCGAGGACCUUUCCUAGUGGUUGUGCCAUCUUCAGUUUUACCCGGAUGGGAAUCAGAAAUUAACUUUUGGGCCCCUACUAUUAAUAGGAUUGUUUAUUCUGGGCCCCCAGAGGAGAGGCGUAGGCUAUUCAAGGAAAGAAUAGUUCAACAGAAAUUUAAUGUCCUCCUUACUACAUACGAGUAUCUGAUGAAUAAGCACGACAGACCUAAACUGAGCAAAAUCCACUGGCAUUAUAUAAUAAUUGAUGAAGGCCAUCGCAUAAAGAAUGCUUCCUGCAAGUUGAAUGCUGACUUGAAGCAUUAUCAGAGUUCUCACAGAUUGCUGUUAACUGGAACUCCACUACAGAAUAAUCUUGAGGAGUUGUGGGCGCUACUAAACUUCUUGUUGCCCAAUAUAUUUAACUCGUCUGAAGAUUUUUCUCAGUGGUUCAACAAACCAUUUGAAAGUAGUGGUGAUAGCUCAGCUGAUCAAGCCUUAUUAUCUGAAGAGGAGAAUCUAUUGAUCAUAAACCGUCUCCACCAAGUACUUCGACCUUUUGUCCUUCGGAGGCUGAAACAUAAGGUUGAGAAUGAACUACCUGAAAAGAUUGAGAGACUUGUAAGAUGCGAGGCUUCUGGUUAUCAGAAGCUUUUGAUGAAGAGGGUAGAGGAGAAUCUGGGUUCAAUUACUAAUUCAAAGGCCCGGUCAGUGCACAAUUCUGUUAUGGAGCUUCGAAAUAUAUGCAAUCAUCCAUAUCUCAGCCAGCUUCAUGUAGCGGAGGUUGAUAACUUAAUACCAAAGCACUAUCUGCCACCAAUCAUAAGGCUUUGUGGGAAGCUUGAGAUGUUAGACCGAUUACUUCCCAAGUUAAAAGCAACAGAUCAUAGGGUUCUCUUCUUUUCCACAAUGACUAGGCUACUCGAUGUCAUGGAGGAAUAUCUCACCUUAAAGCAGUAUAAGUAUCUUAGGUUGGAUGGACAUACAUCUGGUGGUGAUCGUGGUUCCCUUAUUGAUAUGUUCAAUAAACCAGAUUCUCCCUUUUUCAUAUUUCUUCUCAGCAUUCGGGCUGGUGGUGUUGGUGUAAAUCUUCAAGCUGCAGAUACGGUGAUAAUAUUCGACACGGACUGGAAUCCACAGGUUGAUUUGCAAGCGCAGGCAAGAGCUCAUAGAAUUGGCCAGAAGAGGGAUGUUCUUGUUCUUCGAUUUGAAACGGUCCAAACUGUUGAAGAACAAGUUAGAGCUGCAGCGGAGCACAAACUGGGAGUGGCUAAUCAGAGCAUUACUGCUGGUUUCUUUGACAACGAUACAAGUGCGGAAGAUCGAAGAGAAUAUUUGGAGUCACUUUUGCGUGAGAAUAAGAAAGAGGAAGCUGCACCUGUAUUGGAUGAUGAUGCUUUAAAUGAUCUCUUAGCUCGCAGUGAGUCAGAAAUUGAUGUCUUUGAAUCAGUGGACAAAAGAAGGCGAGAGGAAGAAAUGGCGUCAUGGAGGAAGUUAGCAUGCAUUAAAGGGAAGGAUGGUUUUGAAUCUCUGCCUCCCAUGCCUUCUCGGCUUGUGACAGAGGAUGACUUGAAGGAGUUUUAUGAAGCGAUGAAGAUAUAUGAGGUGCCAAAGGCGGGUGUAGUGUCUAAUGUUGGGAUAAAGCGGAAGGGUCAGUCUCUGGGGGGACCUGAUACUCAACGAUAUGGAAGGGGAAAACGGGCAAGAGAGGUUCGUUCAUAUGAAGAGCAAUGGACAGAAGAGGAAUUUGAAAGGUUGUGUCAGGCUGAGUCACCUGAUUCCUCUGAAAAAUUAAAGGAAGAAAUUACAGAGUCAAAUUUACUGAGAGAUGAAAGUGGUUCUGUGGUGGCUCUUUACAGAACAGAACUUCCUACUCCACCUCAAGCAGACUUGCUUCCACCAUCUGUUGAGUUGCCACAACAAAGUAAAGAGGUAACCCCACCAGCUAAACGAGGCCGCGGAAGGCCAAAAAGAGCAACACUAGAACAAUCAGCAACUGCAGUUGUUCUUACAGCGUCUGCUGGAACAGUCAAAGUGGAUACAGGGUUAGAGAUAGGACUGUUGACUAGCUGUGUAACAAACUCAGCCCCAGAUUCAUUACCUGACUCUGUUGAUAUUGAGGGUAUUGGUGGAGUUGUGGGACAUACUGAUUUCAUUGCCUCACCUAGCUCUCAUCCAACAGCUCCUAAGCCUUCCAUUACUGUUACUCCUCCCUCCCAAAUUAGUACUAUAAGCCCUUCUGCACCCACACAUGUAAGAGGAAAAGGUCGGAAAACUAAGAGUGUACAGGAAGCACCCCGACGUAGGGGAAAGAAACAGGGGCUGGUAUCACCUGCUUCUGACUUGAAACAAAUUGAGCCUUCACAGAAAACAUCUGUUGAUCCGCUGGAAAAUGAAACUCUUCCUACUAUCUCUGCAGCCCAGAGUCCUGCUUCUUGUGCUUUAAAAAGUGCCGAAGGGACCGAUCAUCAAUCUGGCAUUGUGAUGGUUUUGAGUUCUGAGUCCACCCGUCUAGUCCCAGCUGUUGCUCCUUUAUCUCAACCUUCCCCUUCUCCUACUGUACCAGUGAAUGUGAACCAGCAAAACCGGAAGGCUCAAAGUGGUGCUGGAACUCCCCACCGCAGGGGAAAGAAACAGGUGCCAGCAUCACCUGCUGUUACUGAUGCAUUGGUUAGUCAUGAUUCGACACCGAAUAUGCUUCCACCGGAUAAAUUAGGGGAUUCACAUGGGAGCAAAGACAUAGACGUGAGAAUUAAGCAAGAGGCUGAUGGUUUAGCAGGCCCUGCAUCAGGAGAAAGUCCGAACCUAAUAGUGGCAUUGACCGAAGAUUGCGCAUUUAAACCUAAGAAUGACAAGAUUUCAGGAGAUGAAGGAUCUUCCGCACCAGCUGCUGUAUCAAAUGAGAUUAUUUCAGAGGUGAAUAAGAGUCAUACUCUGGAGGAGAAAGCUCUUCCAGCAAUUCCAACUUCGUUUGCUGCGUCUCCUGCUUUGAGUCCUUCAAUUGGUUCUCUCCCCAGUUCUACUCCCAUGCAAAGCACCGGUGAGGCAAAACAUCAUGGUGUUGAGAUUUCUCCUAGCUCGCAGUCAAAGUUGUCUUCUUCUGUUUCUUCUGCUUCUCAGUCUAUCACUCCUAGCCCAUCCACACAUGUGGAAGUUAAAAAACAGGGUCGAAAGGCUUCAAGCAGAGCUGAAGCACCCCGUCGCAGGGGAAGGAAGCAGGCUCCUGCAGCUGUUUCCGGUGGUCCAGCUAGUCAGGACCCAGAAUUAAGUUUUCAGUUAUUGGAUGCGUCUGCUGGUACAUUGGGGAGUAAGACUGCUUCACUGGGAAGAAAGCAAGGUACUGAUGGGCAGGAACUGGCACAUGUUACUCAAUCCCAGACAAGUCAAGUGCAUUCGGUUAGCAGUUUAAUUGAUUCUGAUCCAAAAAGAAAAGAGCACCCAAGCUAUCCUACCCAAAAUAAGCAGCCUACAAACUCAUCAUCAAUGAUUGACAGUACUGCUGGUUCCUCUGAUAAGAGUUCUGCUCUGGGGCGUAUCCAGACUGCUAACGUAAACGAUGUUGCGCGUGUGAUGAAAGAGGUCUUUUCUGGCACACGUUUAUCAAAAGCUAAAAUUUCAGAGUCUUUUGGGAGAGAAGGUCGGGCUUCCCCUCGUCUACCUGUAUCCACUAAGAAUCCGGUGGACAUGGCUGAAAACCAAAAUCUGGAGGAUAAAACAUGUUCUGGUGUGGGAGUGAAGGUUUCUGAACCUGAGAUGGGUGAUCUUUCAACUGUGUCCAAGGGUGGCGUGGUGGUUCCAGAAAACAUUGAUUCCUCUGCGUCCUCCUUUGCAACUGAAGGAAAAACUGUAGACUGCUUACCUGUUGGCAGCUUAGUGCCAUUGGAGUGUUCAAAAGGAUCUCCAGCUGAAAAGGAUUCUUUGAUGGAUUCUACCAGUACUUCUGGGAGAGUGGCAGAACUUGAUCAGCCUGUGGUUGCAUUGGCCGUGGGCAGUAAUAGUGUUGAAGGCUCAUCUGAGGCAGGGCCUGUAGGCAGUCUCAUAUCACAGGAGUCAGAACAUGAAUAUAAAGUUAGUGAUGCUCUUCAGGUUCCGGUGACGUUGCAAGAAAAAUUGUGUGGAAACAUGGAUCAGCCCUUGGUCUUGGGCAAUGGGUGUGAUAGUGUUGCAGCUUUGUCUGAGCCGGAGCCUCUAGGAUGCUCCAAGUCACCUGAGGAGUCAGAAUGUGAAGCUAAAGUUGGUGAGACUUCUCAGAUCUCUGAAACGCUGCUAGAGAAUGUUUCUGGAAACAUGGAUUGUGAAGCUAAAGUUGGUGAGACUUCUCAGAUCUGUGAAACACUGCCGGAGAAUGUUUCUGGAAACAUGGAUUGUGAAGCUAUAGUUGGUGAGACUUCUCAGAUUUGUGAAAUGCUGCCAGAGAAUGUUUCUGGAAACAUGGAUCAGCCUCUGGUUAAUCUGACCAUGGGAGGUGAUAAUGUUGUAGGCUUGUCUGAGGCACAACCUAUAGACAGCUCCAAGCCACCAGAGGAGUUGAAAUCUGCAGCUAAAGAGGAGCCAGAAUGUGAAGCUAAAGUUGGUGAGACUUCUCAGAUUUGUGUAAUGCUGCCAGAGAAUGUUUCUGGAAACAUGGAUCAACCUCUGGUUACUUUGACCAUAGGAGGUGAUAGUGUUGUAGGCUUGUCUGACGCACAACCUGUAGACAGCUCCAAGCCACCAGAGGAGUUGGAAGCUGCAGCUAAAGAUGUUGGAACUUCUCAGGUUUGUGUAACAAGCAUAGAUCAGCCUCCAAUUACCUUGACUAUGGGGUGUGAACAUGAAGGCUCUGAAACAGGUCGUGUAGGUAGCUCCAAACCUCCGGAGCCGAUGGAAUGUGAAGCUAAAGUCGGUAAUACUUCUCAAGUUAACGAGUCACUGCCAGCAAAUGAGUCAGAGAACCUGGAUUUUCAGCCCUCUUCUGAAACUAAAGGCGGUGAUGUUUCUGAGGUUUGUAGGACGUUAACAAAUGUUGUGCCUGAAAACGUGGAUUUGCAGCCAUCUUCAAUAGGGCAGGAGUCAGAAUCUGAAGCUAAAGGUGGUGAGGCUUCUCAGGUUAGCAAAACAUUGCUGGAGGCUGCAAACAUGGAUUUGCAGACAUUGGCAACAGCACAUGAGUCGGUCUUUGAAGCUAAAUCUGGUGAGGCGUCUCAGUUUAGUGAAGCCUUGCUAGAAUCUGAAAACAUGGAUUUGCAAACAUCUUCAACAACACAUGAAUCAGAAUCUGAAGCUAAAGUAGUGGAUGCGUCUGAGUUUUGUGAGACAUGCCUGGAGUCUGAAAACAUGGAUUUGCAACCAUCUUCAACAGUUCAGGAUUCACAGUCCGAAGCUAAAAUUAGUGAUGACUAUCAGGUUUGUGAGACAUUGCCUGAGUCUGACAACAUGGAUUUGCAGCUAUCUUCAGGAGCACAGGAGUCAGAAGCUGAUGCUAAAGUGGGUGAUGAUUCUCAGGUUUGUGAGACAUUGCCGGAGUCAGAAAGUGUGGAUUUGCAGCCAUCUUCAACUGUACAGGAGUCUGAAGCAGAAGCUAACAUUUCUGGGUCUUUUGGGGGAGAAGGUAGCGUUUCCUCUGGGGUACUUGUGUCCAGUAAGACUCCAGUGGACAUGGCCACAAACCAAAUUUUGGAGGAGAAAGCAUUUUCUGCUGUGGAAUUGAAGGUUUCUAAAACUGAGAUGGGUGAUCUUUUGAAUACGUCACAGGUUGGCAUAGUGGUUGCUCCAGAACAUGCAUCUUCAGUAAACAUUGAUUUCUCUGCAUCUGCCUUAGUAAUGGAAGAAAAAAAGGUAGAUACUGUUGAAGGCUCCUCUGAGGCAGGUCCUGUAAGAAGCCCCAAACCUCUAGAGGAGAUGGGGUGUGAAGCCAAAGUGGGUGAUACUUCUCACGUUUGUGAGUCAUUACCAGCAAAUGUUACUGAAAACAUGGAUUUCCUGCCCUCCUUCAAAGCUAAAAUUGGUGUUGCUUCUGAGGUUUGUGAGACAUUGGUGGAAGUUGUGCCUGAGAACAUGGAUUUGCAGCCAUCUUCAGUAGUGCAGGAGUUGGGAUCUGAAGCUAAAGUUGGUGAGGCUUCUGAGGUUUGUGAGACAUUGACGGAAGUUGUUCCCGAGAACAUGGAUUUGCAGCCAUCUUCAAUGGUGUAUGAGUUGGAAUCUGAAGCUAAGGUUGGUGAUGCUUCUCCCGAUUGUGAGACAGUUUCGGAAUUCGUACCUGAAAAUAUGGAUUCACAGCCAUCUUCAAGAGUGCAGCAGUUGGAAUCUGACAGUAAAGUUGGUAGUGCUUCAGAAGCUGGUGAGACAGUGACAGAAAUUGUGUGCGAAAAUAUGGAUUUGCAGCCAUCUUCAACAGUGAUGGAGUCGGAAUCUGAUUUAAAAGUUGGUGAUGCUUCUCAUGUUUGUGAGACAAUGUCAGAAAAUGUAUCUGAAAACAUGAAUUUGCAGCCGUCUUCAACAGCACCCGAGUCAGAAUCUAAAGCUAAAGUUGGUGCGGCUUAUCUGGUAUGUGAGACGUUGCAAGAGUCUGAAAAUAUGGAUUUGCAGCCAUCUUCAAGUGCACUGGAAUCGCAAGCUAAAGUUGGCAAACCAUCUCAGGUCUGUGAGAUAUUGCCGGAGUCCAAAAACAUGAAUUUGCAGCCAUCUUCAGCAGCACAGGAGCCUGAAGCUGAUGCGAAAGUGGGUGAUGUUUCUCAAGUUUGUGAGACAUUGCCGGAGCCUGAAAUCAUGGAUUUGGAACCAUCUUCAACUGCAAAGGAAUUUGAACCUAAAGUUGGUGAUGCGUCUCGGGUUUGUGAGGCAUCUUCAGGGGCACAGCAGUCUGAAGCUGAUGCGAAAGUGGGGGAUGUAUCUCAUGUUCGUGAGACAUUUCCGGAGCCUGUAAAUGUGGAUUUGCCGCCAUCCUCAAUUACACAGGAAUAUGAAACUCAAGUUGGUGAUGCAUCUCAGGUCUGUGUGACACCGCUGGAAUCCAAAAGCAUGGAUUUGCAGCCACCUCCGACAGGACAUGAGUCACAGUCUGAAGCUAAAGCUGGUGAUGUUUCUCUGGUUAGUGAGACGUUGCCGGAGUCCGUACAGCUGGAUUUACAGCCAUCUUCGACAGCACAUAAGUCGGAAUCUGAAGCUAAAGUUGAUGAGGCAUCCCAAGUGUGUGAUGCAUUGCCAGAGUCCGAAAACAUGGAUUUGACAUCGCAAGAGUUGGGGAACAUGGAUUUGCAGCCAUCUUCAGCGACACAUGGGUCAAAAUCUGAAGCUAAAGUUGGUGAUGAUUCUCCAGUUUGUGAGACUUUGCUGGAGUCCGACAACAUGGAUAUACAGCCGUCUUCAACAACUGGUGAGGCUUCUCGGGUUCGUAUAACACUGCCAGAGUCUGAGAACAUGGAUUUGCAACCAUCGUCAAGAGCACAGGAGGCUGAAACUGAAGCUAAAGCAGGUGACGUUUCUCAGGUUUGUGAGAUGUUGCCAAGAAAUAUGUCCAAAGACACGGAUAUGCCACCAUCGGCAACAGUGCAGGAGGUUAAAGAUGUGAAGUUAUCGUCUGAGGAACCAGUGGGUAGCUCCAUGGCACGGCCUGAAGUUUCGUCUGAGGAACCGGUCAGUAACUCAGUGGCACCGCCAGAAGCUGAGUGAGUGUCUAACCUCAGAACUUUGUACAGCUUGUUAGAGCAGAAAUAUGUAAUAUAAGCUAUUCAGUAUUCAAGGAUUGAUUCGCCCUUAAUACACGGGUAUCAUACGCUAUUUAGUUAUCAAAGUAGAUAGAGCUUAUGUAAUUUAUGACGUCUUUAGUGCCCACAACAGUGUAGACCUGUUAUGCCCUCCUGGGUGUGGUAGCUUCACUAUUGUCUGUUUAGAAAUUAGUAUUUCACUUGAAGCUAAUUUUAUUUAUCAUGCCCGUUUAUUUCUUAACCUC